ACCCCCAUAAACAAAAACAAAAACUCUCAUUCAGUCGUUCAGUUCAGUCCAUUUCGAUGCUAAGAUACGCCGGCAGAAAAGCGGACACAGGCUUCCGCCGUCUGGCCCACUCAUUGGCUCAACCUGCGCCGUUAGCGACCGCAAUCAACCACCAUUUCAGUAUCACAUUGCCGCCGCUUGUUUUACCGGAAAAUCAUGACGAAAAUAAUAAGGGAUCUCAUUUUAUCGAUUCGCCCUUUUUCGGUGGAGCUAUGGAGCUGAUGGCGGUCCCCAAGAGGAAGGUUUCUCCACACAGGAGAGGUAUUAGAAAUGGACCAAAGGCUUUGAAACCUGUCCCAGUAAUAAUCAAGUGCAAGGUAUGCGGCCGUGUCAAGCUACCUCACUUCUUCUGUUGCAGCGGGAUCAAGCUACCUCACUUCUCCUGAAGAAAACAACAAUUAGAACUGCCUUUUGUGUUCUUGAUCUGCUGCACGAAUUGAAGUUACCGUGAAAUGAAAUUUGAUCUACUGAGCACAUUGUCGCUUAGAUUUAGAUGUGAUCAUUUUUACCAGAUUAUGUACUCCCCUUUUGCAGUUGUUGAGCAGGAUGAGGUUCUCGUCUCCGUUCUAAAUAAUGCUUAUGUUGAAUUUUGGCGCUGCAUUAUGAUU